AUGGCCAGAGUCACACGUUCCUCCACUCGACCCAAGGCUCCUGCCAAGGUAGAAGAAGAGCCUGUUGUAGCAGCAGAGUCAUCGCCCAAGAAGAAGGCGGCACCCAAAAAGAAGGCCGCCCCCAAGGCAAAAGCUGCCAAGCCUGCCAAGAAGGCCCCAAAGAAAAAGGCUGCCAAGAAGGAGGAGGAAGAAGUUGCUGCUCCUGUUGAAGACGAAGAAGAGGAAGUCGCUGAAGAGGAACCGGCUGGUGCUUCUGAAGACAAGUCUGCCGUGGGGGACAAGGCUGUUGUAGAAAUCAACAAGGAGAAGCCUGGCAAGGGUAACUUUGUAGUUCGAGUGAGUGGUGUGGAGGCUCCUAUUGUAGAGCUUGUGGGAUUGAAGCGUCCGUUUCCUCCGCUCAAGGCGUUGGAUAUGGACGAUGUUUGUGCCAAGGUGGUUGCAGCUAUUUCUUAA